AGGGUUUGUUUCGCCGAACCGGGCCUUACGGUUGAACUCGUAAGGGGCGGGUUCACGCCACGUGUCCUCCUCUCAGUGGCUUCUCCUUUCCGCGUUGGCGAGAGAGAAAGAAGGGUCUCGGCGUCUUGAUUCAUUUCUCUCAUCUCCGUAAAAGCUAGGGUUUUUUUCUCUCUGAGGCGAUUCUCUGUGCGACCUCCAUCUCCGGCGGUAUUCUCCAGCAAAUCCACUCUGGUUUCUCUUCUCCACCUCUUAGAUGGAAACUCCCCGAGAACCUCAUUUCUUCAAGCCUCUUCUUCCUGGUUUUCACAGUGGCGUGGCAAUACCACUUGACUUCUACUCAAAACACAUACAAGGGGCUGAGAUCAAUAAACCAUGGAAGCUAAGAUCGGACGCUUCGGAUCAAAUUUGGGAGGUGAUCCGAGAAGGCAGGACACUCACCAAAGGUUGGAAAGAGUUCACCGAAGCACAUGAUCUUCGAAUCGGUGACAUUGUCAUCUUCAAACACGAAGGAGACAUGGUCUUUCAUGUGACUCCUUUUGGUCCUAGCUGUUGUGAGAUUCUGUGGUCCGACGCGGAUGAUGCUCCUACUUUCUCAUACGACUACUGCUUCUUGGCUGAGGUUACUCCUACAAAUCAAAAGGACGACAAAAUGUUUCUUCCUGUGGAAGCUAUGAGGUGUGGUGCUUUGAACCAACAAUGCAAAGAGGUCAAACUUGUCAACAAGGAGGGAAAGUCAUGGACUGCGCGCUUCGGAUUUAGCGAAUCAGACGGCGCAUAUUACAUCAGCAGAGGGUGGAGAAAGUUCUGUCGUGAUAACAGAUGCACCAACGGAGAUUUGUUUGUGUUCAACGUGGUUGGAGACGGGACGACAACUCCAUUACUGUGUGUAUGUCCGGAAAGGAAGGAGUGUACUGAACUACUGAUCAAGCACUUCAGCAGAAUCGAUGGUAAGUCUUCUCAUUUGACUUGUUUGUGUUGUCUAUAUCUUCAAUGUUACUACUUUGCUUCUGCUUUAACUUGUGUUCUCUUCUUCUACAGGUAGCAUUGCUUCUACCUCACGAAAUUAGAUGGCUCUUUUGCGGUCUUUCCUCUCUAUCAUCUUAACUUGUUUCCUUUUGUUUCAUUAGCAACUUAUCAACUUAUGUAUUUCGGUUUGUAAAACUUGAAUGGUUUUUCUAUGUGAACUUUUAUCCUAAGUUAAACAUUCUCGAACUUAAUUCCUUUGUUGAAUGCGUAGACUGAUCAUCGAACAAAAUGUUUCUAUGAAUUGAAUUUAAGUUAAGAAACAACAUAAACUCCAAAACUCUAACAUAGCUUUUCUACAUCUGAAAACACAAACCAAAAUAUUAAAACAUAUCUCAAAACCAAAACUUAAACUCCAAAACUAAAACAUAGGUUGAAUAAAGUGUUUUCAUAAAUUUUAUAAUAUAUUUUAAUAUUUUAUUCAUGUAUUCUGAAUAAUUUUAAAUUUAA